AUGAGCCUGCCAGCUCCGCCUUGGCCCUAUGCCUUUUGGCCAGCUCGUCUGGACUUGGCUUUGACCGGUCUGCCCCCCUCUUGCAAGGAUUCGGCGCCUCCACUUGAUGCUUUACGCCCACGCUUCGUUCAGGCAGCGCUACUCGGAUAUGUCUUGCCAAUCGCCAAAGCAGUGCUACUUCCAGGAUUUUUUUCGGCCAAGCUCGGGAACCUUCCCUUUAGUGAAAGGCUCUAUCCCGGGACGAAGAGAAAGAGAGGGGGAAGGCCAAGUACGAGAUCACAGGGAUCGGGCUGGUGGAGCUUGACAAGAGCGAUACAGGAAACCAUACAAUCGAAGGCUAGCAAGAAGAAGCAAAAAGAUAGUCAAAGCUCAAGGGAUUCAUCACGAAGGCAAGUGCUCCAGCGGAAGCUAUCAAUUCAAAGGGAAGACCGGGUAGUGGUAGUUAACCGGGGGAGGGAGCAGCUCAUCCGUCAGGAUGGGAUCCCUCUACUUCACGUUUUUGGCUUAUCUUUUUCUUGCGUUGACGCUUCCAAAGCGGCUCCGUCUCCGCCUCCGCCUUCUGCGCUCCCAGUUGGGUAUCUCCGAGGACUUGAGCUAAGGGAUUGUUUACUGAACGUCCCAUACUUGACCUAUCGCUCCAUUCGGUGA